AUGGAGGAUGCACCAGAAAAGAAGCGAAGGAAACUGACAACAGCCCUGAAAGAAGCAAUCGGGGCGCACUCCCAAAAACCAGAAGAAAAUAUUGAAAAACCGAUAGCUCUGGCAUUGAUUAAUCUUCUGAACAAGAUUCAAGCAUCCCGUCGCCCACAAACUGUUUUGGAAGUGACCUUGAAGAUUUGCAAGGAAAAGAAAUCAGAAGCACACGUCGAAGAAGCUUUCCUUUCGAUUUUCCGAAAACACUUUGCCAUUCUGGGAAUUGAUUCAGCAAUCACAUGUUGGAAACUUAUUGAAGAACACUUGAAUGAAUCCGAGUCUUUAAAUGAAGUCACCAUUGCGAAUGAGUUCAUCAAGACAUCUAACCUUCUCGGACAUGGAUUCGGAAAAUUGUUACAAACAAUUAAGAGUAAUUUGCCAUCAGUUAUCCGUAAAACGUGGAAUCAUGGGCGGCUAGCUGAUUCUCUUUCCAUUGCUUACUCAUUGGUUUCUUUAAUCUUGGCUGAAAGUGUUUACGGUGAUGAUCAGACAAAUUCCGAAUCUGUCUCCGAAUAUUGGAAGAAAGAAAUUUUAACAGAAAAGUCGAUGAAAAAAAAUUAUGGAAUGCGUAUGCUCAGUUUAUUAGCUGGCGAAGAAGAUCUUGGAAAGUAUUUCCUAACCAAAACGGAAAUCGACGAUAACCAGUUGCAAUUGCUCUCAGAAAUAUAUUUCAAUCAUAUUGAGUUCUUCAGUGGAAUACUUCACGAAUCAAACUGUAUUCAGUUGCUCGGUAAAGUUAUCGACACUCAUUUGGAAAAUAAUCAGCUGAGAUUGUUGAAAAAUCGUAUCCGAACAGCGGAAACUAGCUUGUCCCCGAUUUUGUAUUACUCCAUUAUCGAUUCUUUCCGUCGUUUCUUCGAAUUUACGAACAACGAGUUAAUCUCAAUCGAGAACUUUGAAUCGUUAAAAUCAAAAGAAGUGGCAAAACAACUCCCAUCGAUUUGUAGUAUUUCUAAGAAACCUCAUAAGAUGACCAACAAGAACGCCAAAAAAUUGGAAAAUUUUCUUGAUUUAAUCCGACAUGUUGCUGAAAAAUCAGAGGACCACACGUGUUUAGCAGCUUUUUCAAUUCUCACUAUCAAUAUUGCUAUCCUUUUCGAUGAUUCGAAAACAUGGAGUGUUUGUAAAAGCAUUCUAAAAAAUCAGCCAAUAGAUGUUCUCGAAAAGUUGGUGAAGGCUGGAAAAGGAUUGGAUAAUGAAGCAACGUCGAUUUUAAGAGAAACCAAAAACUUGACAGAAGAGAGAAAUGAGCCGAGGAAGUUCGUGAAUAGAUCUGGAUCAGCAGUCAUUGAGAAGCUGGAAGCAGAUAUUUCAGUCGAAGAUUCCAUCACUCUUCUUCAGGGUGUUCAUAGCUCGGAAGCAAAGAAAGAUGUAUUUGAUUCGAUAGUCAAGUUUGUUGAAGAUAUUCCCGGUGGAGAGAGCUUGAAUGAGCUCAAGUUAUACAAACUUCUGAUUGAAAUGUAUGGAGGAAGUCCCAUUGAAUCAUUGGCUCUGCAAAUUGUCUUCGCUCGAAUUGCAGCAGAUGGAUGGGCAGAUUUAGACCGAACUCCCGGAACAGAAAAAACUGAUGAAUCGUGGUUCCUUGUUAUUGUGAAAAUGAUUGAUUUACUCGAAACUGCAAUGAAGUCGGCAAAGAAUUCGAUCAUCAAAUCGUACACAGCUUUGUAUUGCCAACUUUUCAGUCAAGUUUUGAAGAAUAGUCAAAAGUUUAUCAGAAACAGUUUGAACGCUGUAGCUUCUAAAACUUUAACUUCGGAAAUGGAAAGCGAGUUCGUACUUCGACGUCAUAAAUUGACUCAGGAUGUGGCUCGUUUGGUUGAUGCGAUGAAAAGAAACGAAUCUUAUUUCUCUAUGCUAACUGCAUCUAUCAUCGGGGAUGCUGUUUUCUACGGAUCGGAUAGUUUGCUCGCAAUGUCAAAACUUCACUCAUUGGCAGACAAAAAUACGUCUGGUCUUCUGGCAACCAAUCUUCCAGUUGUCGAAAGAACUAGAUAUAAAAAAUUCUUGUCUACGAUUACUAAGGCUUCUAAGAGAGUCUACUAA